CCGUACCAGAAAAAAAAAAUUAACUUUAUAAAUAAUCUUUCUUGAUUGUUCCAUUUAACGUGUUUUCUUUUUCUUUGGAGCAUUAAAUGGAUUCUGAUUAUUUUCUCUCUCGCUUCAUCAGCUAACUCUUCUUUUUCGUUUGGUGCUACGUCAGCUUUUCAGACAACACGUCAUCUCUACGGCGUCUCUUAGCCACUGGAAAGAUUCAAGAUCAUCUUACUCACUGUUGCUUGAUAUUUUCAUCAUCUGGUGUAAUUAAAGAAUGGGACAUUUUUCGUCCAUGUUUAGUGGGUUAGCUCGAUCCUUCUCGAUCAAGAAAGUGAAGAACAACAAUGGAACUAGCGACGCUAGGGAAGCUGCUGAUGAGAUGGUGAAAGAUGCCAAGAAGCAGGAGAUGAUUCUUAAAUCAUGUGGUUACCUUUAUGCAGAAGGUUCUAAUAACUCAGCCUCUGUUUUCUCUAAACGCGGCCAAAAAGGCGUUAACCAGGACUGUGCAAUCGUUUGGGAGGGAUUUGGGUGCCAAGAAGACAUGAUAUUCUGUGGAAUAUUCGAUGGACAUGGUCCAUGGGGUCACUAUGUAGCCAAACAUGUAAGAAACUCAAUGCCUUCUUCGCUUCUAUGCAACUGGCAAAAGACUCUUGCUCAAACCACACUACUAGAUCCCGAGCAAGACCUCGAAGGCUCCAAGAAGCAACUCUCGAGAUUCGACAUAUGGAAACAUUCGUAUCUCAAGACAUGUGCAUCUGUUGAUCAAGAACUUGAACAUCACCGAAAGAUCGAUUCUUACAACAGUGGCUCAACCGCUAUAACCAUUGUCAGACAGGGUGAUGUUAUUUAUGUAUCAAACGUAGGCGAUUCACGAGCAGUACUAGCCACGACUUCGGAUGAAGGAAGCUUGGUUGCUGUUCAGCUAACCCUCGAUUUCAAACCGAAUCUGCCUCAGGAGAAGGAGAGAAUAAUCGGGUGCAAUGGGCGUGUAUUCUGUAUGAAAGAUGAGCCAGGAGUGCACCGUGUAUGGCAACCAGAUACAGAAGCUCCGGGGCUGGCUAUGUCAAGAGCGUUCGGAGACUAUUGUAUCAAGGAGUAUGGAUUGGUCUCUGUCCCUGAAGUCACUCAAAGGCAUAUCUCUGCUAAAGACCACUUCAUCAUCUUGGCUAGUGAUGGGAUUUGGGAUGUGAUCACAAACCAAGAAGCUAUAGAGAUAGUUUCUUCGACUGCUGAGCGGCCAAAGGCGGCUAAGCGAUUAGUGGAGCAAGCGGUUCGGGCUUGGAAGAAGAAGAGACGAGGAAUAGCCAUGGAUGAUAUGUCUGUGGUCUGCCUCUUCCUCCAUUCCUCUUCUUCAUCGCCAUCUCUCACUCUCUCACAAGACUUUCAACAUGCCACGACUUUUAAGUAA